GUGUCUCCCGAAGCCAUGGGGGUGUUCCCGGGGCGGUGCCGGGGUUGGGACCGACACCCGGAGGGCCCCGAGGACGGCGGCGGAGCAGGGCCGUGCCCCAUGGCGCUGGCUCUGCGCUGCCUCAGCCGCCGGCUCCGGCUCCCGCUCCCGCUCCCUGCCCGGCGCCGCUGCGGGGGCGGCCCCGCUCAGCUCCCCCCCGGCGGCUACGGGGCAUGGCAGGAGCGGGCUGCCCGCGACCCCGCUGCUUUUUGGGCCGAAGCUGCUCGGGGCUGGCUGCGCUGGGACAGCCCCUUCCACACCGCCUGCGAGGCCGGCUGGGAUGGAGCCGGAGCCCGCUGGUUCCUCGGUGGCCGCCUCAACGUCUCCGUAAAUUGCUUGGAUCAACAUGUCGAAAAGUCUCCGGACAGAGUGGCUUUGAUUUGGGAGAGAGACGAGCCGGGAACUGCAGUGCACGUCACGUACAGGGAACUUCUGGAGCUGACUUGCCGUCUUGCCAACACCCUGAAGAAAUAUGGGAUACGGAAAGGGGACAAGGUUGCCAUCUAUAUGUCCGUGUCUCCCAUGUCCGUGGCGGCCAUGCUGGCGUGCGCCAGGAUUGGGGCCGUGCACACCGUGGUCUUCGCUGGAUUCAGCGCGGAGUCCUUAGCUGGGAGGAUCCUGGACUCUGGAUGCAAAGCAGUUAUCACCUACAACCAGGGAGUCCGGGGAGGCCGAAUCAUAGAGCUGAAGACGACGGUGGAUGAAGCUGUAAAGAACUGUCCAAGCGUCAAACAUGUAUUUGUAGCUCAGAGGACAGAUAACAAAGUCCAGAUGGGUGACCGUGAUGUGCCCCUUGAAGAAGAGAUAGCCAAGGCAGCUUCUGAAUGCACUCCAGAGAGCAUGGACAGUGAAGACAUGCUUUUCAUGCUGUAUACCUCAGGCAGCACAGGAAAACCCAAAGGAAUUGUUCACACCCAGGCUGGAUAUCUGCUGUAUUCUGCUCUCACGCACAAGUAUGUAUUUGACUACCAAGAAGGCGAUGUCUUUGGCUGUGUGGCUGACAUUGGCUGGAUCACAGGACAUAGCUAUGUUGUCUAUGGACCACUCUGCAACGGAGGCACCACUGUGCUGUUCGAAAGCACUCCAGUGUACCCUGACCCAGGUCGUUACUGGGAAGUGGUACAAAGGUUGAAAAUUAAUCAGUUUUAUGGAGCACCUACAGCUAUACGCUUGCUGCUGAAUUAUGGAGACAAGUGGGUGAAGAAAUACGACAGAUCAUCCCUGAAGACCCUGGGAUCAGUGGGAGAGCCCAUCAACAACGAAGCGUGGCAGUGGUUCUACCAUGUGGUGGGAGAAGGGCGCUGCACCCUCGUGGACACAUGGUGGCAGACAGAAACCGGUGGCAUCUGCAUUGCCCCACGGCCUUCAGAGGAGAAAGCUGAGAUCGUUCCAGCUAUGGCCAUGAGACCCUUCUUUGGGAUUUUCCCCGUGCUGAUGGAUGAGAAAGGAAAGGUUGUAAAAGGCAAUGAUGUGUCUGGUGCACUCUGCAUCGCCCAGCCAUGGCCUGGCAUGGCAAGAACGAUCUACGGAGAUCACCAGCGAUUUGUUGAUACCUAUUUCAAAGCAUAUCCAGGUUACUAUUUCACUGGGGAUGGUGCUUACAGGACCAAGGAAGGCUAUUACCAGAUAACAGGGCGCAUGGAUGAUGUCAUUAACAUCAGUGGACACAGGCUCGGGACGGCAGAGAUAGAAGAUGCAAUGGCUGAUCAUCCUGAGGUCCCUGAGACGGCUGUGAUUGGGUAUCCACAUGAAAUCAAAGGAGAAGGUGCCUUUGCUUUCAUAGUGCUAAGGGACCAGGCAGCUGAUAUAGACCAUGUCAAAGAAGAGCUCAAAACCAUAGUAGCUACCAAGAUAGCGAAGUAUGCUGUGCCUGACCACAUUCUGGUGGUGAAACGUCUUCCUAAAACCCGAUCUGGGAAGAUCAUGAGAAGACUGCUGAGGAAAGUAGUCAGUGAGGAGUCAAGUAACAUGGGAGAUAUCACCACACUUGAUGAUCCAAGUGUUGUCAGAGAGAUACUGGAUGCUUACCAGAAAUAUAAAAAAGAGAAGAGUUCUUCAUAGCAGGCAGCUUCGGAAUCUGUCCCCUCUGGAAAUGUGGAGUCUCGAAUAACCAGGCAAACAGCUUGGUUCUCUCUUGGUGUAUUCUGCAAAACACAUUUCUGUUGUAGAGGAACAAUGUUUUCCUCUCCACAAAGCGUUUUGAGAUGCCCAGAGCUAGGAGUGUUCUGCAGUCUUGCACCAUCAGGGAACUUCCUUUUACUGCUUUUAGGGCUGAGGUAGAGCAGCCAUUGGUGGUUUCCAUUAGCGAUGAUGAAAAUAAUACUAGCUGAAGCAAGAUGAAAUUGUUAAUGUUUCUCAUUUUAAUGCCACUGUACAGGGAAAUAUUUUUAUAUGAUAUUUUUGCUUUUUUAAGAGCAGCCCUGGAAUACACUCCUAUUUUUCCUUCAGCUUGGAUAUCCAAGUUCAAGUAGUUGUAUUUAACUGCAACCGUGGUGCCUUUUCAGCAAUGCUGGGUAUUUUACUAGAUAUUUCACAUGUGUUACUACAAAAAUGAGGACUUGGCUAAUCUGAUAAUUGUCUCCUUUGGCUUUCCUCAUAACGACUUGUUCAUUCCACUACAUUUCCAGGACUUGCCUGAGAUGGUGAGCAUGUGGCCCUUAAUGUCACACUUAGGCAGCCCAGCAGUAGCACUUCUAGCUACAAAACUGAGCCACAAAGCCUAUCCCUAGGCUCCCUGAAAGUCCUCAGUGUACUGCCAGUUGUGCAGGAGGGGUCUGGUGCCAAGUAUUUUUACUCUGCCUUGAGAGAUGGAGAUCACCAACUGGGAUUUUAAAGUAACUGUCCUCUGCCCCAUUGGUGAUGAUGAUUUGUUGUAGUUGCCUUUGUUUUUUUGAAGUCACUCUGAAAAGGGGACUAUGUUUACAUUUCUGUCUGCUAGAGGAGCAUUGGGAAAUAGAAUCCUGAAGUGUUCGAGAGAGAUUUGGAGCUGAGAGAGAUGCGCUGGAAGGUUCAUGUGACUUGCUGUGGUUUCUGGCCAAGGAAUGGUUAUUUUAGCCUGCUCCCAAAAGGCCUGUAACGUGGUUUGCCCCCAACAAAGACAGGCACCCAGUAAGUUGUUUCUCCUGUCAGAAGCUGUCUUAUUGCUUAUCAUUUCAACUCGUGCCUUAUCAUGUAUGCCCCUUCCACAUGCUGCUGUGCUGAUCUUCCAGAGAGUUAACUGCCAGGUUGGAACAUACAGACAGCACAAUCCACAAAGUACGAGGAGAAGGAAGUGCCUCUCAGAUGCUUUCUGGAAGGAGAUGGUGGUAUUCCAGGCCAGCAACCUCAGAGAAACAGGGAACAAUAUUGUCUGUCUUUCAGAUGCUUUCAAAAAUGCAACUGAUACAUUCAGUGCUUUAUUUCUGAGUUCUUUUUUGUUUUAUCAUGAACCACUGUGCCAGCACACAGGUCAUCUGUCAAGGCUUGCAGUCCUGUCUUUCUCAUAUGACAGUCUGCUUAGUUUCAUGGAGCUGCGUGUUUUGGCCUGCCAACCCUCUGAGCAAUUGGUAAGAUGGCCAAUUUUUGCCACAGUUCUGCAGGAGUGACUUAUUUCUGAAUUUGACUGGAGCAGCAUUACCUUUUCAGGUGGGAUUGUGUACAGACAGUCUGUGCACCUAACUGCAGGCAGGAAAAGGAGAUGGCGAGGUGGUUCUGUAGGACUGGGGGAGAAGUGGUGAGUUUUUUGGCCAGCAGAGAUUCUGAUACUAAAUGGGGAAGCAAACUACUUGCAGAGGGAUAUGUUCUCAGACAGAUGUGUUGUCUUAGAUCCCAGAGUUCCUCUUGAGUACACUAGCUGCAUUUGCUCCUUUUUUUUUCCUUUUUUUUAAAAAUCUGUUUUAAAUGUCUCUAGGGACUGGGUAAUGCAGAGUAGGGAAGAUUGUACUUUGUUAAAAUUCCCAUCUUUCUAACUGAAAUCCAUUUUUGCUUAAGGUAAGUAGAUACCCCGUGGACUUUGUGGGAAGAUGAGGAUCAGAAUGUUUGCUAAAGUUGAGAGGAUGUUAAUGUUUUAGGGGACAGCCACUACACAGAUCCUCUACUGCCUCUGCAAAAGAAAACGUCCUCUUCCUUAAGUGAUUUUUCAAGUGGGAAGCAGACAGUAGUUAAUGCUUUUGAUAGAAGAAGUAGACUCCCUUGUUUAAACAAGUUGUCUCCACACAGUCUGAAAUACAGUGUGAAGAGAGAAAAAUGAUCUUUGAACAAGAUUGCGAGCUUUAUUUUUAGUCAAAGUAUUUUCUGUGUUAUGCAUAUAGAAUUUCCUUGUCCUGGUAAUGUGAAAUUUCCAUGCUAAGGCAUGACCCAGUCACAGAUGUGGUUUAAUUCAUCUGAACUGUCUCUCAAAGACUAACUAUGUGAGGAACAACAUGCUUCGGUGCACUGAGAUGUUGGCAUCCAAUCCAUCUGCUCAGGGAAAAGGGGAGAUGGGUGUGUUCCCCCACCUGUGUCCCUGCUGUCUCAGCUUGCAUGUGCUUAGGGACCACAGCUGUCAGGGAGGUUAGGGACUGACUGUGGCUGCAGCAUCCCAGUAAAUCCACAGGAUGGUGUGGACUGUAAUUACAAGCAAGCCUCACACUGUGAACUUGGGAUGCCUCACAAGUACUUUUUGCUAAAAUCACGUCAACGGCAUGUGCUAGGUAGAGUACCAUCCCACACCACGAUGGCCACUCUAUUUCUUGUGAGUUUUCUCAGCUGAGCCAUGGUCACAGAAUUUCUAGGUUGGAAGAGACCUCAAGAUCAUCGAGUCCAACCUCUGACCUAACGCUAACAGUCCUCCACUAAACCAUAUCACUGAGCUCUACAUCUAAACGUCUUUUAAAGACCUCCAGGGAUGGGGACUCCAGCACUUCCCUGGGCAGCCCGUUCCAAUGCCUAACAAAUUAGGAUGUCCCUGGGAUGCCAUCUGCUCAGAGGUCCCCUGGGAUGUUCAGAGAGAACACGUGGUGCUGUCACGCUGCUCACAUGGUGUGCUGCAGUGGGUGCAGCUCCUGGGCAGCCUCAGCCCCCACCUCUCCUGGUAAAACUGCUCUUUUGGGAGCAUACCUGCAUCAGCUCUUGGAGCUAUCAGCCAGGGCUCAGUUCAGUUAAUAGCACCCUGAGGCUGGUAGGAGACAGCUAGGCAGGACUUGGAACUGAUAUUCCCUAGAAAACAAAAACCAUUGUGCUGCACUGGGCAGACUACUCGUAGAAGGUUUUGCCAAACAGAUUAAAUUUUCCAGCCUGAGAACCACCCCCUCUCAUUUUAUUUUUUCCUCCAUGAUCUCUAACUGCAGCUGUUGCAUCUUCAGUGCAAAGCCUGAGUCAAGUUUUGCAUUUUUGUUAUUCCCUGGAUGUCAGGAACAUCAGCACAGCUGCAUGUUGACAGUGCUUUCUGCUUCCCAUGCAGCUGUGCCACCCCUCAGGCUUGUGGUUCAGGAAGGGGCUCAGCGUGCAGAGCUGGCACUGAUGUGCUCAGUUCUUGAAAUGCCAGGAGAGAGAGGUCACUUGGAAAGGACUUCAGGCCUGCUGCCUUUUAAGUUGAUGCCCACUAAUCACUCCAAGAAGGUAAUGAUAUACGGAAUGCUUUACAGAGGGAUCAAGGGACACUCUUGGGGGUAGUUGAAUCGUUUUUGAAAAGCAGAACUGCUGGACUCCUUCAAGCCUUUUGUGCAUCCAUGAUUAACGCGGGGAUAAUUUGCCAGAUUGCAAUUGUAACUUUGUCAAAACAGUUUCAGACUCAGUUUUACCUGUUGCAAUUUGAUGCAAAGGGCAAAUGAAAACUUUCAAAAAGAGAAAUAAUUCCUGCCAGGGAAACAGUGCAUCUCAACAGUGUGACUGCUGUGGCAGAGUCUAGUUGUGAUAUACCCUACCUAUGCCUGUCCAUCCGGUGCUUACUUUGUUUUCCCACUCAAACUUACCAGUGAAACCUGAUUGUGGUGCCUUUUCCCCCACUGAAGGCACAGACCAUGAUUUUCUUAAUUUUAGGAAAGGAAAAGCAAUCUUUCCAGAGAUGAUGUGUUGUACAGAUUAAUGUUAACCAUUUCAUUUUUUUUUAUAAUCAUGCUUUAAACACAUUUAUUAUCCUUGACCAAAAUAAGUUUCUCCAGUGAUCUCUGUAUUCAAAUUGUCAUUAAAAGUAUCUUUCUCUA